CUCACGUGCCGCGUUGGUCCGGUUCUCGCUCCCAGAAUUCGCAAAACCUUUAAAGUGUCAAAGUGUCGAUCGAGAACGCUUCCCAAAUCCUCGCCCGCCGUCACCGCCCUCAUUUGUCGUGCAACGGUGUUAGCAUUGUUAAUUUUCGUCUCCUCCCUGCACUGUGGUGUUUGCACCGUGGUGGUCCACCAAUGCAGUGUACAACAACACUCAACACCGUCUCGAAGGCUUCGCAAACUGAAAGAUGGGCACGGACUUGGACCAGACGCAUACUGCCGGUGCCUUCCUACGUGGACUCACCGUGAUCCUCGUUCUCAGUCUGCAGUGCCUGUACCGCGGUGCUGAAGCGUACAAGGUGGGCAUGAAGUACGCCCAGUGCAACACGCUGCGUGUGGAACACGGCACCGCAGCAUCGCAACCGCUCCAGAGCAGUCCGUAUCGCAUAACCACUGACACGACGUGUGGCUACCAAGCAGGACAGCUUUACAACCUCACCAUCACCGGUCCAGCACUGUCAGGCUUUGUCUGCCGUGGUCAGAAGACUAGAACCAUACUGCUAACGGACGCAGUCGGGUCUUUUCCCACCAGGUUCUCUCUGCCCUUCACUGCAGGGAGUCCAUGUUAUCCUUCAAGUAGUGGGCUGAUGAACCUUUAUCAGACGUCUAAAACCCACAAGUAUGCAAGCCCAUUGCGCCUUGUUUGGCAAGCACCAGCGGCAGAUGAAGGUGGCAUAGAGAUCACAUGUUCCCUGGUGACCAACUUCAACGUUUUCUACACGACACAGAGAAGUGUUGUCAUCCCGUUUAACCCAAGUGUGAACCCUAAAGGAUGCAUCCCCGCACCACUACCAGCAACAGUACCGGACACACGCGUCACAUCAAAGCCGUUGUUGGUGCAAGGACCACUUCAGAGAACAGGCGUCACAAUAAAACCAUUGGUGCAAGGACCAUUGCAGGAUACAGGUGUCACAACAAAACCAUCUGUGGAAGGAACAUUGCAAAAUCAAAGCGACUCGACCAAUUCAACAUCAGCUGCUAUGUUUGUCCACCCAACGUCGACUCACGUGCCUCUGUUGUUUGCAGUCGUGCCGCUCCUAGUUUGCACUGCUCUAUGGUGAAAGGGACUUCUCCAGCCAGGCUGAAAUGGACUUCCGCAGCGAUGGAGAGAGGGACUUCCCCAGCCAUGGUGAAAGGGACUUCCCCAGCCACAGAGAAGUCACUAUGACUAUGAGCUAAAGGCUAGUUUCUGCUGACUCGUGUACAUGCCAUCGUAUAAUACAGCUUGCUGCACGGCCAUGCAAUAGCAGCCGCACCUACCCGUGUGCAUUACCUGUAGUCCUGUAUAUUGCCGUCUCUGCAUUGCCCCCACUUGGCUGCAUAUCCGGUGAGCUGAGUUGGGAGCAGGAAGUAGUAAAAUACCUACUCACUGAUUUGAAGCAUUGGUGACUUAACGUUAUCUUUGUGGAAUCCAACUGGUGGGAAGCUGGUGCCAUCUCGCUCGGCCUCUUAUGCCAUACAAAUCUAGUCUCCUUUCAGCAAAAUUU